CGAGCGCUCGGAGGUGAGCUGUAACUCAUUUCUUAUAUCUUAUAUUUUGUGUCUCAUAAGACAGCUGAUCCAUUCAAAUGAACUAUAUUACAUGGUCUGGGAGUGGGACUGAAUAUGUCUGCGGUGUGUAGGCUACUUGAAGAAGGACGCGGGACAGUCCAGCUUCCCUUUCCGCUCUAGGCGUCAACUCUGCUCCUUUGGCGCAGUGUUUUUUUCAGCAUACGCGGGCCAUCAAAUCACACUGAGGCGAGAACGCAGCGCCAAUAUCUGCGGGUAAAGUUUAAAAGUUACCAAACAGUAGGACUAGACAUAUUUUCCACCAACGUAAGUCGAUUAUUGGGACGGUAAUAGCAUGAAGUGCUAAGUAUUUCAGCAUGACUGUCUGGUUUAGUGUAGAGGCAAAUUAGUUGUCAGAGUUAAACCCGCCGCAAGUGUUGAGGCUUAUCGGGUCGCGGUGUGUCUUCGGUGUUUCCGUUGAACUUAACCCCCAUUGAAGACCACAACACAGGCCUAUUAUGGACGAUACUGGACAAGUUAGAUUAUAUUGGAAAAACCAAACUUUUGGAUUGCUCAAUUUGUAGAGUUUGUGAUCCCAACUAAUCGAGUUACUGCUAUAGAUAAUAUGUAACGUUAGUUCUUAAUGAGAUGUUACAUGGCGAAGAGACAUAUAAAGCAUAACGUUAGCAGAUAACGGGAAAGUGUUUAGUUCAGCGUUCAGUUGCAACACAUGCCAGUUGCAGGGGCUAUUUACGUUGACAUACCACUCGCUGAAACCCAUCUAAAAAUAAACCUACGGCCACCGCUUUAAAAUGUCAUCGCCAACAGCCUAUUGGGAGUCAUUUGUAAGAUGUAUGGUUGUCGAGUCACGACUGCUGGUUCAGCCCCUGCUGACGCUUACCCACCUGCUACAAUCACCUGAGAGGAAUUGAAUGCAGCGCUUGUGUUUGCAAGUACCCCGAAUGCCUUUUUUUUGUUGUAGGUUAGGACUUGAGAACCACACAGGCCCCUAGAGCCGCCUCGUCUUGACCUGGGUCUUUUUGACCAUGUCUUCCUCAUAUGCUGCAGCAUUUUCAGCACUGUCCCUUAAGCCACAGGAAAAUACAAAGCAUCCUCCCAGCCCUCCGCCUCCCUCAGACACAAAGGUUAGUGUUGUUAACGGCCCCCCAAACCAGCCCGACCAUCCCACUAUUCACCCAGCAGCACCUGUGGUAGUUCCCCAAACAACCUCCUCCGAGCUUUUAGGACUUGAGGAUGAACAGCAGGAGAGUUCAGAGGAUUACUGUGUAGGUGGCUACUACGCUGUGGAAAUUGGGGAGAUCUUCAUCGACCGCUACCAAGUGGUGAGAGACAGCGACCCUAAGGACCCUACAAGAGAGAAUGUGGUAAAGCUCAUUGAUGACUUCAGGGUCACCGGAGUGAACGGACAGCAACACGUGUGCAUGGUUCUGGAAGUGCUGGGCCACCAGCUCCUGAAGUGGAUCAUAAAGUCCAACUACCACGGCCUCCCCCUGCCCUGCGUGAGGAGAAUCAUCAAACAGGUUCUGCAGGGCUUGGAUUAUUUGCACACAAAAUGCAAGAUUAUCCACACGGACAUCAAGCCCGAGAACAUCCUUUUGAGGGUGGACGAGGUUUACAUUCAGAGACUAGCGGCUAACACCAAACUAUGGCAGCUUCCCAAAUCCCCAGCGUCCCCCAGCUGCUCGCAAAAUACCAGCACCAGAGAGAAACAGAGCCUUUUCAACCUGCUGGGGAAGCUCAACGGGGUUUUCCACACAUUGGGAACGUGGACGGGCAGGGUCUCCCGGCGCCAGAUGAGCAGACUGAGCAGGAAGGAGAACAGGAAGCGCGAUGGCGGUGGAAGGGACGGCGGGGAGAGCACAGCUGGCCGCGGUCAAGGAUUCAAACGUCACGUGUCGUUUGUUGAUGACCUGACGCCGCCUGGCACCCCGAGCCACGACUGCCCUUUGAAGGAGCAGCGACGCCGGCCCGACAAACCCUUCCACAGACGGAGCAUGACGCUGUUGGAAGACCUCGACACGGAACAGAGCUACCCUGACACACUGCCCUCUCCCUGCUCUCUAACAGCAGCACGCUCCCCCAAGGCCCGGCCCCGAUCUCUGUUGCUGCACCAGACUGCAGAGAACCACCAACAGACAUCGCUGUCUUCGUCGUUACAAGGUGUGGCUGAGGUGGGGCCGGUAUCAGACGGAGACACAGUUGACUCUGUAGACGUGCUUGUGAACCUGCUUAAGCCAGAGAACGCUGACAAGAUCUUAAUCAAGAUCGCUGACCUGGGAAACGCCUGCUGGGUGAACAAGCACUUCAGUGAGGACAUCCAGACGUGUCAGUACCGCUCGGUGGAGGUGCUGAUCGGCGCUGACUACGGCCCUCCCGCCGACAUCUGGAGCACCGCCUGCAUGGCCUUUGAGCUGGCCACGGGAGAGUAUCUGUUCGAGCCUCAAGCAGCUGAUGCCUUCUCACGAGAUGAAGAUCACAUCGCCCACAUCAUGGAGCUGCUCGGACCACUUCCCACACAGUUCGCCCUCUCGGGGACCAGGUCCAAGCACUACUUCAACCGUAAAGGACAACUGCGCCGCAUUUCCAAGCUGAAGCCGUGGAGCCUGUGUGAGAUCCUGCAGGAUAAGUUUGAGUGGCGACGGGAGCAGGCGGCCCAGUUCAGCUCCUUCCUGCUCACCAUGCUGGAGCCCCAGCCGGGAAAGAGAGCCACGGCUACACAGUGUUUACGACACCCCUGGCUGGUGGCUGUCUCAUAGACAGACCAAAACCCCUAGCUUGUACCUCUCACUACACACACUUGUUGCAUUGUGGUCAAGGGUUGAUUAACGCACGGGUGAACCGGGCACAUGCCCAGGGGCCCCAAGGGCUCAGGGGGGCCCUAAGCCAGAGCUUCUGUGUGAAGUCGCUGUUAGUAACUUUUAAUGUUGCAUUGUCGAAGCAAUCAGUAGAGAAAUACAAAAAUCCAAGCGAAAACAGCAAUAGUAGGUCUAUUACUACUGAGUUAAAAAAAUCUGUCUAUGAUUGUGGUGGAAUCAUUUAUUAACUUUUUAUGGCUUCCGCCAUAUUGCAACUUCCGGCACUUACAAAAUACUGGAAGUGCCAGAAGCUCGGUUAGUUGUUUGCGGAGCGGUGCGUUUUCGCUAUCAUUUAUUUCUCAAAGCCUUGCAGUUAAUUGCAACGGCGACGCAUGAAUUCUGCUGCUUUAUCACCAGCCUGAGGACAUGACCCAUGACGCUAUUUUCGUAAUUCACAAUAAAUCGACUCAUUAUGA